UUUCACUACGUCUUGACAAGUUUGAGAUCAUUCUGGAUUCAAUUCUUUGACGAUUCAUCUAUAGUGCUACCCGUUGAGUUAGGAUGUGAUAACUCUGGAUCGAUCAAAUAUUCAGAGAACAAAACCGGAGCUGCUAGUCGAUUGAAACAUAUCGACAUCAGGGAUGCUAUGAUUAGGGACUUCUGUACUAGAAGACUCAUAAAACCAAUUUGGCACAGUACCAAAUUGAAUAAGUCAAACGGACUCACUAAAGUAACUACUGACGCAGAUUUCUUUGAUUUCUUGAGGCUAAACCAAGUGAUUGAGAUUUUAGUUUCUCUACUAGUGUUCCCUAUCUUUCAAGCAUUAGGACAAAGCUGAAGGUUUUAAGUAACAGGAAACUACAGCAACAUUUUCCAAAAAUAAAAACCUCGCCACCUCUCCCACAACAGAGCAAAAGGAGUAGCCCUCUAUUUGCAGAAACAAGGAGCACGGGGAGGCUGUUGCGAAUAAAUGGAUCCAUGAAACGAAUCAAGACCGUCAGGGUGGCA